CCCGUCUCGUUGCCCGAGGAAGCAUGGACCCCCUUGGUGUCGCUUUGGGAACCGCUGCUCUGGUGUCGACCCUCCUCGAUGUCUUUCGCCUCGUCACCUCCUUCCGAGCCUACCCCGAGUCGUCCGGCAUUCUUUUCAGGCAGCUGGAGCUGGAACGCGAGGUUCUCCAUCGCUGGGCGACCGAGGUCGGCCUUCACCCGCCAAGCGAGGCGUCCUCGCGGUGCGUCAUUCCACCAGACCUGCUCCCCCUGGUAGACAGGUCCGUGGCAGCAAUUGGAGCCCUCCUGGGACAGGCCACCUCGAUCAAAGCCGCCAAGCAGGUUCUGGAGGUACGACUUGGUGACCUCAAGGUGGUCCAUGAGAGGCUCCAAAACGAAAUCGCCAAUCAUGAACAGUCUCGACUGGCGAGGUCCUUGGCUCGCCUUGGGUGGGCGAUCGGCGAGGAGGACCGCUUGAAGGAUCUCAUCUCCACCAUCCACUCGUACAACACCAGCCUACACAAUCUGAUUCCAAAGCCACUGCAGGUCUCCCUUGACGGCUCCCUUAUGCAGAUGCUCCUGGCCGACCAGGACAAGGACCGACUCUUGGAAAUCCAACAGGCAAGCUCCCACUGGCGAAAGGCGCUUUCGGUGGCCGCGAGUGUGACAGCGCUUCAGCAGAGGCAGGCCUCGCUACCCCCUUCGACCAACCAGUUGAUCGUGGAUCGCUCCAAGUUAUCAUCUCUCGGCUCAGAUAUGUCGCGCCACCCCACACAGUACACGCUUAAAGACAAGAAAAUCGACGUCCUCAUCGAAUGGCGAGCGUGUCAUGCGCCACUCAACUCGGCGGAGAAGACGGCGUAUCUGAAUACCUGUCUUGACCUUGCCCGACUGCUACACGCUAGCCAGAACCUACCAGAGUAUCGCACCCUCGACUGCGUAGGUGUAAUUGAUGAUAUCGAAUUUCUUCCUCAUCGCCGCAUUGGGCUGGUAUACAGAGUUCCGACCGCAGCGCCCACCUUGCCCUCCACUCUCAACGAGUCGUCGGGUAGAGCAUACACAUUACACGACCUCAUCAACCGCAAAGGCUUUGCACGCCUAAAGCUGGAGCAACGGUUUGAAAUAGCACGCAGUCUCGCCACAGGGUUGCACCGAGUCUUUGUCUCGAGGUGGUACCACAAGAACUUGAACUCGAAGAAUAUUCUGUUCUUUGCACGAGCUCGAGGCCGCGCAGAGGACGAGAAAUAUAUCUUAUCCAACACGGAUUUCGUCGCUCAUCCGUUCCUCUCUGGUUUCGACUAUGCGCGGCCAGACUCGCCAGACGAGAUGACAAUCAAGCCCGAAGUUAACGAGUUUGGCGAUCGCUAUCGACAUCCCCAAUGCACCAAUCCCGCUACCAGACAUACCAUUCCCUUUUCGCGACGAUUCGACGUAUACAGCCUCGGGGUUAUGCUAAUGGAGCUCGGGCGCUGGGAAACCGUGGACACAAUGCAUAAAGAUUUCACAGCCCAACGCUUGAAAGCUGCGAAGAAAGGGCAGCAGGAACUUGGCGCACCACCACCGACUCUUGAAAGCUUCCAAGAAUACCUAAGAACGAGAUGCGUCGACUCGCUUGCGUUUCGGAUGGGAACGAUCUAUACAGAUGCAGUGAGAUUCUGCUUCCAUGACGCCAAUUUAGUAACCAGCGCAGAGUUGCAUCUAAACGAGGAUGUGCUCAUCUCGCGAUUUAACAAAGAGGUUGUGGCCGAAUUGGUCAAAUGUACGGCCUGACAUAGCCAUCGCCUCGUUUACUUUCCCGUGUCCAUAUCAAACUCUCGAGCAUUGCACUCCAUCCCGAAACUGGUACUAUGCCUGAGCUACAAAGAUUUUGCGAAUGCCCUUGGAGGGUUUUAGCUGGCGGGGACGAAUUCGUGUGUGUAGGUUUUGGACAGGAGGCAUUUAAGGACGGCGCGGUUGACCGCGCUGAAGUAGUCGGUUUACUACUUCUGGCCGGUGCUGGGACGGGUGCUGCUCAUUUUGCUUGGCUGUGGUUCUCCUCGGGCGCAAUGGGUGGUUUGGGUUAGAUCUGAU